GAUGCUGGAUCCUUGCUGAUAUCUAACCCGCCCUCGGCAGCAUGCCCUUCUCUCCCGCACCUUCUUCCCCCAACUCCUCUAUCACCCCCACAUCCUCUUCAGGAUCCCCCUGCCAACUGGAUGAGUCCUACAAGCAUAUCUUCCUGCCAACGUGCUACAGCUUCACCUUCCUGCUCAGCCUAGCUCUGAACUCAAUUGUCCUCACUCGCUGCAUACGUCGACCAUGGAACCCUUCUUUGGUCUACAUGUUUAACCUUGCCCUGAGCGAUCUGAUGUAUGGUCUGUCUCUGCCAUUCCUUAUCGCCAGUUAUAUCUCCCGUGACCGCUGGAUCUUUGGAGACCCCAUGUGUCGCCUGGUUCGCUUCCUCUUCUACUUCAACCUCUACUGCAGUAUCUUCUUCCUCACAUGCAUCUCCUUCCACCGAUAUCAAGGUAUCUGCCACCCAAUGCGCUCCAUGAGGCAAGAGACUCUACGUUGGGUGAGGGCCACGUGCCUACUUGUUUGGGCUAUCGUCUUCGCCAUGACCUCACCCAUUCUGCUGUUUGCCAGGACGGGACCAUUAGAUGGACUCGAGGAUGGAGUGACAUGUUGGGAUGAUGCCUUGGACUCGGACCUCCCUCGAUAUUUGCCCUAUGGAAUCUUCUUGCAUAUAGCUGGAUUUUUUUUGCCCUUCACACUCAUAGCCUGGUGCUACUCACGAGUGGUGCGCACACUGUGCAGGACCCUAAGGCCUGGUGCUGUUCCUGGGCCUGUUCCAGGUCUGGCACAGAGACGCAAGUCAAUCCGUACCAUCGUCACCAUCACCCUUCUUUUUACUCUCUGUUUCCUGCCAUUCCAUGUGACCCGAACCAUUUUUAUGUCUCUGAGGGCUGGUGGAGCAUCUCUGGGUGGAUGUCGGGCACUUGGGGUGGUGGCCGUUUGCUACAAAGUCACUCGACCUCUGGCCAGCGCCAAUGCUUGGCUUAAUGCCCUUCUGUACUUUGUUACCAAAGAGCAAUGGGGAAAAGGGCUGAAGAUUAAGAAAGGUGGAGAGCAGCUGGGAAAACAUGUGGUGAAGAGGAGGCCAAUAAAGGCAGAGGAGGUCUGGGGGAACAUCUACUCCUAAUUUUACUAGGGAAGGGAGAGGAGAAGAGGCAGAAGUGUGACAAUACUUUAUCCACAUGAUACAAGAAAGACAUGUAAGGCCUAGGGCAAUU